GUAUAUAACACAUAUCACAGGCUAACGCGCGCUAACAAAUUUUGAUUUUUAAAAAUGCCUAGUCUAAUCGAAGAGUGCAAGGAAUAUUUUGCUACAGACAAUUUAUAUGAUGUUCUCGGGGUUAAGAAAACAGCCACUGAAGCACAAGUAAAGAAGGGUUAUCACAAGGUAUCACUGAAGGUUCAUCCAGACCGUGUUGCACCAGAAGAAAAAGAUGCUGCCACUGUGAAGUUUCAAACAAUAGGAAAAGUUUACUGUAUCCUCUCAAAUAAGGAGAAAAGAGCUGUCUAUGAUGAAAACGGUGAGAUAGAUAAUGAAGAUGAUGCCAUUCCCCAGGAUAGGGGCUGGGGCAGCUUUUUGGGAGAAAAGUUGUUCAGAAAAAUUAAAACUGAUGGGGGUAUAAAAAAUUUUCGAAAAAAAAUUUCAAAGGAAGAAUUAGAUGAUUUAAAGACAGCUUAUGUUGAGUUUAAAGGAGAUAUGGAAGAAAUUCUAAAUAAUGUGAUGUGCUCUAGCAUAGAAGAUGAACCCAGAUUUAGCAAAAUUAUCAAAGAUUGGAUCAAAUCAAAGGAAGUACCAGCAUUUGAAAAAUUCAUGAAAGAGACAAAAAGAAGCAAAGAAACUAGGAAAAGAAAGGCAGCACAGGAGGCAGCCGAGGCUGAAGAAAUGAAGGAAGAACUGGGAUUAAAUUGUGAUGAUUCCUUGAAGGCAUUGAUACAAGCGAAACAGCAGAGUAGAGGCCAGCAUAUGAACAGUUUCUUUGACCAGUUAGAAGCUAAAUAUGCUCAGCCUAAGAAGGGUAAAACAGUCAGUGAUAAAGGGAAAAAGAAGGGAAAGAAAUGAAACACAAUUCUACAAACAGUUUGAAGGGGUGAAUGUGGUAUCUUAUUUAUUCAUAAAGGAAUAAGCGAUCCAUGACCUCAGGCAGUUAAAGCAUUUUAGAAUGUCUUUGAGUUAUGAAAUAUUCACUUUAUAGGGAAAUAG